GCCCGGGGCUGCGCGUUUCCGAGAAAGAGGCGAUGGCAGAGGCGGUGCAAAAGAAGCUACAGGGGGAGCUAGAGAAAUAUCAGCAGCUGCAGAAAGAUAUCAGCAAAUGCAUGACUGCCCGUCAGAAGCUGGAGGCUCAGUUGACGGAGAACCACGUGGUAAAGGAGGAAUUGGAUCUGCUGGACUCCUCUAACUCCGUCUACAAACUCAUUGGGCCUGUGCUGGUGAAGCAGGACACAGAGGAGGCCAAAGCGACGGUCGGGAAGAGGCUGGACUACAUCACGGGGGAGAUCAAACGGUACGAGGCCCAGAUGCAGGACUACGAGCGGAAGUCAGAGCAGCAGCGGGAGGCCCUGGGCCGGCUGCAGCAGGAGUUCCAGAGGGCCCAGGCCAAGGUGGCAGUCAAGACCUGAAGGAGCCGGGGAUCCUGGGCGGGCCAGCUGGCCCCCCGUGCCGCCAGUUGGGCCUUUUGGAUCCUCUCAAAUAAAACUGCUGGACC